AGGAAGCACUGUGUCGGCCUCUUCCUUACUGACGCCCCGUUCAUCCAAUGGGAUCCGCUCUGGAGCACGGAUGGCACGGUUUCACAGCUCCACUUGUCCGGGAGAAGACUGUCAACGGUUGGGGAAGGUAAAAGUCGACAAAGUCGAAGCCAUGGACUACCCGAAAAUGGCCGUUUAACUUUUGAAGAUAUUGAAGGGCUUUACGCACUUCUGAAACAGAGAAGGAUGGGAAGGAGAACCUGGCGAAGGAGUGCACUGGGGUGUCUGAUGCCCGGCCUCGUGUCGUGUCCCAGGGGUCUGAUAGUCAUUGGUCUUCUCCUCCUCCUCUUCUCCUCCUCCUCCGUCAACACCCUAUCAGAGAUAUGGACCAAUGAAGUUUCAGAUAUUCAGUACGGGAGGCUGGGGUCCAACGUUACGCUGCUGUGUAGGGAAGCACUGGGCAGGACGUCAGUGGAGUGGCGUCUGAACAGGAGUUCCGUGUUGCCAUGGCAGCACCGAGUGACAUCAGAUGGUCAUCUGGUCCUCGUGCACGCAGACCACGCUGCCGAGGGUAACUACAGCUGCCAUGACGACCAGGGACUCCUCAUCCAGACCACCAGACUCAGGCUAGGAUAUCCCCCCGGGCUGCUCAGCAUUUCCUGUCUUGUGCCCAAUCACAGCCUAGUAUUGUGUUCAUGGGUGGAGUCUGUGAAGACCCACCUACCAGCUCAGUACCACGCCUCCUAUAGGGGUAAUAAGAGCCAGGUGAGGAUGUGUGUGGUGUCUCCAUCCCCCCAGCAGCAGUGUACCAUUACAGACCCCACCAUGUGGCAGCUCUACCACCACAUCAACAUCACAGAGAUCAACCCGCUGGGGUCACAGACCACCAUCACACAGGUCAAGUUCCACGAGCUCUUGCAGCCAGAUCCCCCAGAGGCAGUAACAGCAGUGGGGGUGGUAGGACACCCCAUGGUUCUCCAGGUUGACUGGAGGUCCCCUGCCUCCUGGCUCCACGACGCUGUGCCCUUCCCCCUCGUCUUCCAGCUCCGAUACCGUCCUGUAGGAUCCAGCGUCUGGUCAACCGUCAGUUCCUCUAUUAUCAUACUGAAUAUUGUAUUAUGGCAGUCAGUUCCUCUCCUAUACUCUACUGCUUACUGGUCUUACCACUGUUCCUAUCCACUAAUUAUAUUAUAUUAGUCAGUUCCUAUACUAUCCUACCCACUAAUUAUAUUAUAUUAGUCAGU